AUGGUCAUUACCAGGUCGUUGAACUAUUACUCCAAAGAGCAUGCUAACAUUAAUGCUCAGAAAGAAGAUGGCGUGACAGCACUAAUGCUAGCUAGUUAUAAUGGUCAUCAUCAGGUUAUUAAAGUAUUACUCAAAGAGAAUGCUAACAUUAAUACUCAGAAAAAAGAUGGAGGGACUGCCCUAAUGAUAGCAUGUUUUCAAGGUCAUCACCAGGUAGUUGAACUAUUACUCAAAGAGCAUGCUGAAAUUAAUACUCAGAAAGAAGAUGGAGUAACUGCCCUAAUGCUAGCUAGUUUUAAUGGGCACCACCAGGUUGUUGAGCGUUUACUCAAAGAGCAUGCUAAUGUUAAUGCACAGAAAGAAGAUGGAGGGACAGCCCUAAUGUUAGCUAGUCAAAAUGGUCAUCACCAUGUCAUUGAACUAUUAAUCAAAGAACAUGCUAGCAUUAAUCUCCAGGCAAAAAAUGGACUGACUGCCCUAAUGCUAGCUAGCCAAGGUGGCCAUCAACAGGUCAUUGAACUACUACUCAAAGAGCAUGCUGACAUUAAUGCUCAGAAAGAAGAUGGAUGGACUGCCCUAAUGCUAGCUAGCCUGAAUGGUCAUCACCAACUAGCCAUGGUGGUCAUCACAAGGUUGUUGAACUACUACUCAAAGAGCACGCCGCUAUUAACACACAGAAAGAAGAUGGAUGGACUGCCCUUAAUGCUAGCUAUUCUAGAGGGUCAUAUCCAGAUUGUUGAAUUACUAGUCAAAGAACAAGUAGACAUUAAUACUCAGAAAGAAAAUGGAAGUACUGCUCUAAUGAUCGCUAGUUCAAAAGGUAAUCACCAGAUUGUUCAGCUACUACUCAAAGAGCAUGCUGUGUUUACACUCAGAAAGAGGAUGGAGUGA